UAUGAGCAAUCGUCCUGCCUCUUAAAGACCUCCUCAACCAGUUUAAAAUGCUCCUCAAGUGCCAGUUGCAUAUUCUCCACCUAGAACAUAUGCUCCACCAAUGCAAUUUGCUAGUCCAUCAUACUAUCCUAUUUAAUAAUCUGUUGUUGCAGCUCCUGUCUAAUACGUUCCUUAACCAGUUGCUGUUCAACCAAUUGUUUAACCAGUGGCAGUGCAACCAGUUGCUGUCCAACCAGCUUAAUAAGUAAUAAAGGGUGAAAGCAGAAUUGAGUAAGAAUCAAAAUUCAAAUAUUUAUCAUAGAUAUAUUCCAUACGAGAAAUCUGUGAUUGAAUAUGAAGAAGUUAGAUAAAGAAUCUAAGUACCAAGAGAGAAAUAUGUAACAGAAUAUUAAGCUGUGGAAUAUUAAACAGAGUAUAUACCAUAAGUAUUUUAUGAUAAGGUUACAGGUAAUAUUAUGAAAUAACAACAAUAGAAUAUGUUCCUGUAGAUAGAUAUUAAGAUAGAGUAGAAUAUUAUCCAGUUGAGAGAUAAGUGGUUCACUAAUAAUAAGUUGUUGCUUAACCAGUCGUUCAACCAGUUGUUUAAUCUGUUGUGCAAUAAGUUCCUUAAUAUGUUGCACCUAUUCCAUAAUAUGUUACUCCAGUUUAAUAACCAUAUGUUGCUUAAUCAUAUGUUCAACCAAGUUUUGUUCCAUCAAGAGUUGCCCCAGUAUAUAAUCACACACCAUAUUAAGGCAGACCUGUCAGUUAACCAAGAAGAUUUGUACUUAUAUAUAAUUUUAAUCUUAGUCUCCACCAUCUAAACCAGUGUAAAUUUAGAAGUAAUAAUAACCAUAAGAGAAAAAGAAGACAUUUUUAGAAAAUAUCUUUAGUUGAU